GUUUCAAGUGCAGUGAACUUUUAUCUCAACUUUUAUUUAUUUACUUACAUUAUUUUCUUUACUUUCUACGUGUUUUUCUUUCUAAAAUGGCUCGAUAUUUCAAAGAACAGGAUAUUGAUGAGUUCCGUGAAUGUUUCUAUCUCUUCGCGCGUUCAGGGCAGAUCACAUCCCUUGAUGAGUUGACGGUUGUCAUGCGGUCAUUGGGAAUGAGCCCAACUAUACAGGAACUUACAGGAUAUUUAAAAGGAAAGGGAGGGAAGAUGUCGUUCGCAGAUUUUCUAGAAGUGAUGCAUAUUCACUCUAGAGCAGAAAAUCUGCCACACGAGGUGGUGAACGCCUUCAGAGCAGCUGACAAUGACAAAAAGGGCGUAGUCCCGGCGAAGCAGCUGCGCAAUCUGCUGCAGAACUGGGGCGAAGGCCUAUCAGCUCGUGAAGUAGACAAUAUAUUCCGCGAAGCGAACGUCUCUAACAACGGUCUGGUGCAUUAUGAAGACUUUGUCAAGAUCGCUUGCGCUCCAGUACCAGAUUAUUAUUAACUACCCUACUUUUUUAUUUUGAGUCUACCCUCAUUUUUUGUAAAUUAAAAAUGCAAUUUAUUUAUAUGUUACGUGAAUACAGUAUUAAAAUCAUU